AUGAAUAAUACCAUAGAAACGUGAGCGAGACAUCACCGUCUGCUUAGAGUUCUUGGUUGUACUUGAUAAGUAUCGUGGAAAUUUUUUCCUGAUCGCGAGCUAAAAGGUUUAAUGCAUACUAGGUUUCUAAGUCAUUCAAUUUAGAAUAAAUCCACUUGUAGUAAUUCGUAUUCGUAAGAUCAUCAUGGGACGAGACUCGCGUAAGCGUGGCCGUCGAUCGCCAGAGCGUCGGAGGUCUGAGAGUCGGCGACGGGCGCGCGAUUUUCCACGCAGACGGGAGGAUUCGCCCGGUGGGAGGCGAAGCCCGAAAAGGAAAGACUCUAGAAGACGGAGCCCCAGACGAGAUCGCGAUGGAGGAGGUCGACGACAUGAUAGCAAGCGUCGGCCUCGUGAUGACUUCAGUCAUGGUGGUGGGCGUGAUCAAGGCACUACUUCUAGAUCCUCCAAAAACCAUACAAGCUCCUCAAGCGCGAUGAAUAGUAGGAAACCCAAAUUGCCAACAAACCCGCUGGUCUUUCUGGAUCUUGAGUUCCGUCCUCUCCGCGGGGGUUACGCUGGCUCGUCAGCGAAACGCUAUCGGCUGGAGAUUGAACUUUACGAAGACAUUGUGCCUGAAACAGCGGAUCGUUUUCAGGGGUUUUGCCGACGCGGUGACUACGAGGACGUGCCGUUUCAUCGAAUUAUCCCUGGCUUCAUGGCGCAAGGCGGCGAUAUCUCGAAUCGCGACGGCACCGGUGGGCUGCCAAAGGGGCGGACGGAGUUCUACAAGGACGAAAAUUUCAUUUGCAAACACUCAGGCGGAAAAUACUUGCUCAGCUGCGCCAACAAUGGGGAUCGCAAUACGAAUUCAGCGCAGUUCUUCAUCACUUUGGGGAAAGCGUUACCGCAUCUCGAUGGUAAGCAUUGCGUUUUCGGGGAAGUAAGGGAUCGACUGGGAACACGCGCGAAGGUGAUGAGAAAACUGGAGGGCGCUGGCUCCAAGGGCGGGGAACCAAAAGCAGAAGUAAUGAUUGUGGAUUGUGGGGAAAUUCUAGAGGGCGAAGAUUCUGCGGGAGCAGCGCUUUCAUCAUGAUCGCAACCACGACUAUAGUGAUGUGGUGCUGUACACCAUAUUUCGCAAUCAGCGAUAUGAAGUUGAAGAUUUUCUUUGGCUUGGUCCUCGCGCCAUCGUCCACCAAAAAAUGUGCUACCACGACCAGGCUCAUUCUCUCUAACAUACAACUGCGGUUUCUUUCUUGCCCCUCCGUUUACGUCUCUGAU